AUGGCCGACGUUCGGCUGGGCGACGACAACUUGGAGUCAGAGUCCGCUGUUGACGCUCUCGAAUACACCCACUACCAAUCUGGAGAAUUUUCACGGCGUGUUCACCGGGACUGGAUAAAAUCCCGGGAUCCGCAGUCCAUAAUAACAGACAACGACCCAGCCAGCAUCUCCAUUGGCGUCAAUACUGACUUAAGUUUGCGUAUCGGCACCCAGAAGUCUAGCUGUGCAUGGACAUGGCACUUCGAAAUCAGAACAAUAGGCCGCCAGCUGAAAAACCUAGCACUCUCGCUGGACGUGCACCGCGACAACUUCAGCAUAAAAGCCGUCCAGCGUGACGGAAAAAAUAUAGGGUACUGCGAUGGUGGCCAGGAGUGGUACGACCCAGUGACCAGAGACUCGCGUCGAGAUCUUAUCGGUGAGACAGUUAUUUCAUACCUCGUGACCAUCAUCUUCGAGGCCGGCGAGCACGGGACCUUCCGCCAGAACGUCCUCUUCGGGUUCGAGGGCUACCCUGUGGUGAGACGGAAAAUUUGCGCGGACUUUGUGCCAUUCAACGACCUGACACGUCUCGACGAGGCGACCCGGUACUUUUUGAACCAAACGGCCCACGUCUGGUCCCUGAAGAACACCACCGGAGACUUUCAUCCUUUCGAGUCGCCGUUCGUACCCGGAAAAGAUACCUGGGAGAAAAAUCUCAGCAAGGCGUACCCUUAUCUUGGUGAACUGUUCAUGCUGUCGCACGCGACGUUGACGGAAAACUGCCUCACGAGGAAGAAUUACCGCGGGAGAAUGCACGAGCUUAUUGCUGUCGAGGAGUUGGCCAGACAUGAACAAGUUGCUAGGUACAAUUCUAUUGUUGACUUUCAUCUCGCUUCUUGUUAUGUUUUAUCUUCACACACUGAUGGUUCUACAACUGCUAAAUACGCGCCUCUUGGAGAAUUGUUUGCUCAGCUGUCUCUAGGUCGUGGAAUAUCAGAAGACAUGAAAAGCGGUCGCUUAUUAUUAAGAGGCUGCAACAAUAUCCUGAUUAAAAUGUACAACCCGGACGAUAACUCAGAAAUAUCGUCGGAAAUAUUCGAAGCCCAUGUCGAGGAUAAAUGCAAUUACAUGAUUUACGCGCGACUGUCAAAACACUGCGUGGAAAGAUUGAAUCUCAAGCCGGACACUCAAGUUAAGAUGCACGUCCAAUUUGUCUUAAGCCGGAUGCCAUUUUGCGAGUGGCAUCGAGCUGUCGACUGUCUGCCGGACGAGAGAUUGGUCUUUCCGGACCCCAAUUUCCAGCUGACGAUGCGGUUACCGCCAAUUCCCGAGUCCAAUGAGGACUGGUAUGAUUUGCUGGACAACCGGCUGAAUGAUAAGCAACGCGAGGCACUCACGCUGAUGAUUGCUCCGAAUCACAUCUACCUGCCGCCCAUUCUCCUCCUGGGACCCUACGGAACCGGAAAGACCUUUACGAUUGCUCAGGCGUUGCUUAUUAUUUUGCACCAGAAUCCUUUGAACAAAGUCCUGCUGUGCACGCAGAGCAACAGUGCCGCUGAUCUCUAUGUUAAGGAGUUCUUCGAUGAGUGGUACAUAAGAUCGAAAAAAGAAAGGCUUAAACCUAUGAGGAUUUACUACAAGAGACGCUUGAGAAAUACGGUCCACGCGACGGUGAGAAAGUACUGUCUGACGGACCCGAACGGGUACUUCUGCGACCCGACAAAGCAGGACAUCGAGAACUGUGGACUGAUCGUAACAACUCUGGCAACAUCCAGCUGUUUGAUCGCAUUGGAUUACGAACCAACGCAUAUUGUUAUUGAUGAAGCCGCACAAGCAUUAGAGUGCGAGGCAAUAACGCCUUUGGCGCUGGUCGGAACUCGAACGCGUUUGAUUUUGUCCGGAGAUCAGAUGCAACUGGCACCCGAAGUAUACAGUGAUCUGUCAAAGGAACGAGGAUUGGGGAUGAGCUUGCUGGAAAGACUGCACAAUCUAUAUCCACCUCGGCAUCCCUGCCGUAUCAACCUAUGUCAGAAUUAUCGCUCUCACGCAGCUAUUGUGCAAUUGACCUCUAAUUUGUUCUACGGGAAUGAAAUUGAAUCGAGUGGCCCGCUGUUACCUGAGGCGCCUAACUUUAAGCCGCUUAUUUUUUACGCCGUCGCGGGAACUGAAAUUCAGGGAGAAUUCUCGACGGGUUUCUACAACGACGAAGAGGCAGUAGAACUAGCGAAGCAGAUUGCAUUUCUUAAGUCCCGAUGGCCGGUCGAAGAAUGGGGCCCGUUUUCCGAGGACUCGAUCGGAGUACUGGCUCACUACUCCGAGCAAGUAGCAAGAAUACGAAACGAGUUGCGUAAGCGUAAAUUAUUUUCAGUGUCAGUCGAGCGAGUGCUUAAUGUCCAGGGUAAACAGUUCACCGCGGUGUUUAUAAGUACGGUACGAACGCGCAAUUGUUGUAGAUACUCAGCGGAGAACAGUGUGAGUGAUUAUGGUUUCUUGACCAAUCCAAGAUUGUUAAAUACCGCGAUAACUCGCGCCAAGGCACUGGUAGCGGUCGUCGGUGACCCCGUGGCGUUGCUAACUACCGGACCGUGUCGUUCUCUGUGGGGUAAAUACUUUCAAAAAGCUAAAGUCUGGGGGAUUCCUUAUUUACAACUCAAGGAACACAUGAUGCACAGCCAAGCGCCCCCGGUACCACUUGGCCCGCCUCUUAAUCCACUUGCGCGUGAGUUUGUACCGCGAAAAGUGUGA